AUGGGAUCAUCUAAAGCGAGCUCCCCCACCGGAGAUCGUGACGCCGAGGUUGCUAAACUACGAGAGAGAGUGAAUGACCUCGAACGCGAGCGCGAGCGCCUGAUACAUUCGACGAGGAAGGCUGAGAACAUGGCCGACAAAAAUUACCUGCUCACUCAGCAGUAUUUCAGCAUGAUCAAGAACAAAGAGGACAAGAACGACAAGCAAGACACCGAGGUAGCUCAGCUGCUUCGAGAGGCAAAGGCGAAGGCUGAGAGAGCAGAGGAGAAUGCGAACGUGCAAGUCCGAAACCUGCAAGCCAAGCUGGAUGAGAUGUCCAAGCGUGCUCUGGAGGCAGAGAAUGCUCUCAAAGACGAGAAACACCAGCGCGAGACCGACGGGAUUCGAUUCAGGGCAGAAGUGGACAAGAACAGUGAGCGUGUCAAGGAAAACCAGAUGCUCAAAGAGAGGUUCCAAAAAGCUAUUGAGACGAUCACGACGUUGCAGAAGGAGCUCAAGCAAGUGCGUGCUGCGACUCAAGCUUCGAGAGAGCGGGAAACUAAUCUGAUACAGCUACUGCAAGACAUGAACUCGCUGGUCGCAGGCAUCGGCAAACGUUGCGGUAUCGACUGCACUAGUCGCUUCGCAACAAGGAGCCAGAUGAAGGAAGAGGGUUGCCGUGGCCCGACUCGGUUUCUCGCUGGGGCUGACCUGGACAAGGUACGGCAUCAAGUGAAAGAGUCGGGAAAGCUCGUGGUGAAGAGGAGUCUCGAGAAUCAGGGCCAAGAAGCGACGGAAAGUGCUAUCCUCCGAUGGCGCGAGUUCUAUGAAGACUUUUCGAAACAAGUCACGCAGUUCUUCUUCAGUAUCGUCACGGCCACUGGAGAAGAUCGACUCUGCCGUCAUCUGAAGCGUCUUCACCUGGAUGUGUCAGCAGAGGCUGAAGUUGUCGGGAACCAGCUCGAACUGGCGCAGGAGUCUCACGAAGCCUGUGAGAGCUACGUGGAAGUGUGGAAAGGAUACUACAACAAGUGGGUGGCUGAUCAAGCAGAACUCGCGGUCAGCGUGACAGAAGCGGUAGACGAACUAUCCGCCCAAAACCUCCCGAAAUCGUAA